AUGUCUCCUCCCCGCACCGCGCACUAUAAGAAGUCGCCUCCCAAGCCGUCAGCGGAGCCUUCCCCGCCUGCGCCAUCUCUUUUCUCUGACCGCCGCGUGCAAUUGACAGCUCUGCUUACGCUGUGCAUAGCUUUCAUCAUGGCUGCUGGUUUUGUCGAUGUCGACCUGGUCGCCUUGGCGUCCAACGCCAACUAUUUUUCAACUCUGCCUGCAACGAGCGCCGCCGAGCCUGCCAUUGCCCUGCUCAACUUCAACUCAUCCUUCCAGACCGACGUGCUCGGUCCCAAUGCCACUGCACGGAAAAUCGCCGAUCUGGAUUGGCAAGCCUUCCACGAGGCCGGAAUUUACUACGAGCCCGACAACUCCAUGUACAUUACCUCCAACUACAUCUCGCUUGAGGACAACAUCAACAUCACCAUUGUGAGCCUGGACGACUACAGCAUCAAAUCCACCCAAUUCCCCGACCUGUGGGAAGCCAAUGGCGGCUCGUCCUAUUACCCUCCCGGCUCCGACACCACCAAGCGCCCUCCUCAGCAUGUCUACUGCGACGAGGGCGAUUUCGAGCAUCCUUCCGCUCUGAUCGCUGUUGAUCCUGGCACAAACACAUCCACUACUCUCCUCACCUCCUUCCUUGGCCGCAACUUCUCCUCGGUCAACGAUGUCCGCCAGCACGCCGAAACCGGCGACCUUUGGUUCACCGAUGCCGAUUACGGAUACUUCCAGUACUUCCGUCCCCCUCCGGUCAUUCCCAAGCAGGUCUACCGUUUCGAGCCCUCCACCGGUGUUAUCCAGGUUGUGGCCGACGGCUUCGUUGAGAGCAACGGUCUUGAAUUCUCGCCCGACCACAAGACCCUGUACGUCAGCGACACGGGCGCUCAGCAAUUCACUCGCAACGACACCGGUCCUGGUACCAUCUACGCGUUCGACAUCAUCGAUGGAAAGCGUCUCGCCAACAGACGCCUUUUUGCCUUCUGUGACAACGGCUUCCCGGAUGGUGUCCACACUGACACUGACGGCAAUGUCUGGGCCGGAUGCGGCGAUGGUGUGCAUGUCUUUAACCCCGACGGCAUUCUUCUCGGCAAGAUUUACGUUGGAGAAACAAGCAACAACUUUGCUUUCAUCCCGGGUGGUGUCCUUGUGUUCAGCAACUACCGUCUCUGGCUGGUUGAGAACAUCAAAGCACAGGGCAGAGAGGUCUGCAAGGACUUUGGCGUUGGCUGCUGA